AUGGUGGCUCGCGGAACUUUGGAGGCGUUUUGGAUAAACGCUAAAAGUCCAAAAAUGAACAGAAAGGAAGAGUGCUUAGCCGUGACCAAAGAGCUGGCUCUGUAUCAAGACCUUUGCGGCGUGAUUUUGAACUUCGGAAAAGAAACUAAACUUACCAUUGCCGAAUAUGUUGGAGCUGCCGCUACGACGGGGGCUGCACAAGUACCACGACUGGAGCAGAAUCGGCAGCUACAACCUGGGCCGCAGCAGGCGCCGCAACUGGAGGGCUGGGAACCGCUGAGAAAAAGAGCCACGAGAAAUUCCGUUGCUAGUUUCAACGUGCCACCCGUGUGCACGCGCAUCUGCGUGCGAGCAGUCGAAGAUCAAUGA